CCGCGCGUAGCGCGGUUAAAAAAUCUAGUGUUAUUAAUAUAUGCUAAAAUCAGGUCUUGAGCAAUUUGCUAUGAUUAUUGAAUGAAACAUUGUCAAGCUAAGUGUUUUACUAUUUUGACCUUUUGAUUAUUCUACUGUUUCACUAACUCAUUAUGAUAUAUGUAUACAGUUCCAUUUUAGAAAUGUAAGGUAAACAAAGAAACGUGAUCAGUUUUUACUUAAGUAAAAUGCAUUGUAAUUAUAUAUUAAGGUAUAUAUAAACAUAUGAAAAUUAUUCUCAUUUAAGUGACUCAUCUCUAGUGUGUGUAUAUAGGCCUAUGUGUAUAUGUGUGUGUGUAUCUAGGCCUAUGUGUAUAUAUGCUUCUUUUGUGUUCCUUUGUAGUUUAAUAUUAUUCACUUUGAAUGCGUAUGUGAUUUUCUUUUUUUCUAAUUAUAAUAAAGAAUACAAAGUCUUUAUAUAGGCAUGACUCCUACGAUUAGAUAAAUACCAAAUAUUAAACGAUAAACUUAAAAACUAGAUAAAUCUUAUCUAAAACACCAUUAUCUUAAUCUAAUUAAUAUAAUUAAUUAGUUAAGAUAAUUAUAUAACUAAAUAUAGUAAAUAAAAUGUAAACAAUCCAUAUUUAUUUUCAAUAUGCGCUGCAUCUAUUACCAAUGCUAAAGUGUGGUGUUAGAAUUACUACGCCUAUAUGUAUAUAUAUAUAUAUAUAUAUAUCCAGAGACAUUCUAUAAUCGACGCUACUUCGAGGAAGCUUCUUGUCAUGAAUAAAAAGACGUGGGUUACUUGUUUGUUAUCACCGUAUCUAUAUCUAUAUAUGUGUGUUUUACUUUGUCUUGUUAUUGAUAAUGGACCUGUGGACGUUAACGUUACUUUAAAAAUGCCGAAGAAGAGGUCCUCAUCACUGAGUUCACAACAAAAUCUUGUUAAGUGUUGCCUUCAUCAUACUAUGUUGCUUUCGCGUCUCUCUUGACUUUAAAACUGUUGCAUGUUGUUUUAUCUUUGAACUUUUAAGGUCCCUAAAACCUUAUCUCUGUAUCUUUCUAGCAUUUAAAUUGAAAACCUUUUUUCAAAAAAAAAAAUGCCGAAGAAGAAUGUAUUUGCAUUUUGACCAAAAAGAAAAGAAUGUAUUUGCAUUUUACUUACUGCUUUUGUCACAUGACGAGUUCAUAUCUAUAGGUUCCAAUAUUUAGUUGAAAUGGUGGAUUCUCAUAUUGCAACUUGCAUAUUCUAUUUUUUCCGCUUUUUUAGUUUUUUUAUUAAAAGUAAGAAGUGACAAGUUCACCACGUGUUUACAUUCCACGUAUCUCCCACGAAAGAUAAGACGUCAUAUUUUACGUCACAACGGUACUUUAAUUAUUAUUGUUAUUUACUAUUAUUAUUUUUAAUUGCUUAUAAAUAAUACAAACCCCUUCCGCCUUUCACCUACAAUUAAUUUGCAGAAGAGAGAUCAACAAUGGAGAAAGAAGCUCUCUGCUGCAUAUUCUGAUUCUUCUUUCUUUUUUCGUUAUUUAUUAACUCAAAAGUCUUUCUUCAGCAUCACAAAAUGGUGGAUCCGGUGGGUUACAGAUUCCGUCCGACGGACGAGGAGAUCGUCGGACACUACGUGAGGCCAAAGAACCUCGAGAGUAACACGAGUCAUGUAGACGAAGUCAUGAACACAGUCGACAUAUAUAGCUUCGACCCAUGGGAGUUACCUUGCAAGUCGAGGAUAAAAUCGAGAGAUGAGGUUGUUUGGUACUUCUUCGGUUGUAAGAAACAAAUGCAUAACAACAAACAGAGGAGGAGCACCGCGUCUGGUUUUUGGAGUAAAACCGGCGAUACAACGCAAAUAAUCCGAAAGAAAGGAGAUCACGAGAAGAUUGGUGAGAAAAGGGUUUUUGUGUUUAAGUACAGUAGUAAGAUUCCCGGUGGGUCGAAAUCAAAAUCGAAAUCGAAAUCGAAAUCGAAAUCGAAAUCGAAAUCGAAAUCGGAUUGGGUUAUGCACGAAUACGUCGCUACGUUCUCGUCUCCUGACUCUCAGACGAUGAUGAUGACAUAUACAGUGUGUAAAGUAAUGUUUAAGGGUGACCCCACAGACUUACCUUCUUCUUCUUCCUCUGCUGCUGGUGAAAAUGAGCAUGAUCUCUCUUUGAUCCCUCAAUUGAACAGCAACAGUUCGGGGGGACUGAGUAAAGAGACAGAGGUACAGAACCCAGACCAGAUUACAAGUUCCGUCUCCUUAAUCCCUCAUGUGAACAACAAUUCGGGAGGACUGGUUGCCGAGACAGAGGUUGAGUACAGAGACAGAGGUGGUAGGUCACACCAGAUUACAAGUUCCAUCUCUUUAAUCCCUCAUUUGAACAACAACAAUUCUGGAGUACUGCUGAGUACAGAGACAGAGGUGGUAGGUCACUUCACAACCAUCUCCUUUUUGUGUUCUUCCAUUUCUCAUGAGUCUUCGUUUGAAUUACAGGAUCCACGUCUGUUUAGUAGCUUUCUUUAUUUGGAGGAAGAUGCUCGUAUCGAAGAUGCAACGCUCAGGGCUUUGAACUAUGAUGGUGCUAAGGAGGAUGAGGAGGAGGAGGAGCUUGUGAAUCUUUGGUCUAUGCAAGAGGAUCGCAAUGAUCACAGACCUAAAAUGCCACUGACCGGUUUCAUUAGCGAUGAUGAUGAUAGUGAUUCUGAGUCCCUAUAUGCAACAACGACAUGUUCCAUUAAAAGUUCGACCACUUGUGUUAGUUUUGCUAGCUCAAAUCCUCCCAUAGACCAAAUCAUUUACCUGCCAGAGUCCCCACGCUCAACAAUCGAGUCAGUGUCGUUAACUCAAGAGGUGAGCAAAGCUCUGGGAGCCAAUAGUGCUAUAUCUGAGAAGAAGAUGAGUCCUUGUGAUGAUGAUGCACAAGUAAGUGAGAUCGGAGGUGAUCAAAUGGGUCAGGAGAUGGUGAUCAAGCACAAAAGAGCUGGUUUCAUUUACAGGAUGAUACAAAAAUUCGCCAAGAAAAUCAAGCUAUGUUCUUGUGUCUCAAGAAUAUGAUGCACCAGUCAAUGAGAUCAAUUAAGAAUACAUUUGGUAUUUUCCAUGUAUGAGUUGAGUUAUGUCUUUCUUGUUUUGUAACUUUUUCGUAUUUUUAAUGUAUGUCCUAAUCUAAUAUAUAAAAGUGAAUUUGCUAUCA